AGGUUUCCGGCUCCGGGUCCCGGAGGAGGACCGCCGGGCCAUAGGCGGAGCUGCCGCCCGCCGCGACUUUCAGACCCGGACCAUGGCCUCAUGCUGGUGGCGGUGGCGGCGCGGCUGCUCCUGGAGGCCGGCAGCGCGGAGCCCCGGGCGCGGGGCAAUGAAUGGGCGAGCGGCGUGUGUGCCUGGCGGGGGCCGCGGGGCCCCGGGGCCGCGCUGGGGUGGGGCCCCGCGCCCGCAGGGGGAUGCGGAGAGGUGGGCGCGGGGUGCCUGUCUGCCUGAAGUCGGGGCGCCCCGCUCGGGACUGCAGAGCGGUGUCCUGGGGGCCCAGGAGCGGUUUGGGCUUGGAGAGGGAGCGGUUUUCCCCAGGGCCCCGGGGAAAACGCAGGAGGAGUGGUCAGAUUGUCGCCAGGGGUACGGACCAAGUCAAAACUGGAGACCGUCUGCACCUCUUUCCUAUGGAAUAUCCUAUUUUAAUCUUGUGAAGAGUUUAACAUCCGCCUUUCCAAAUAUGUAUAGUCUAUCACGGCUCUAUCACACAACAUCGGCCGUGGACUGUUGUAGUAAAACACGGAGUGGUGAGAAGUACACUGAUCCUUUUAAACUUGGCUGGCGAGACUUGAAAGGUCUGUAUGAGGACAUUAGAAAGGAACUACUCAUAUCUCCAACGGAACUUAAAGAAAUGUCUCAGUACUACUUUGAUGGAAAAGGAAAAGCCUUCCGACCAAUUAUUGUGGUGCUAAUGGCCCGAGCGUGUAAUAUUCAUCAUAACAACUCCCGUUGCAAAUACAGUACAGACAUCUACUCACAACCUAAAGAAGACUGGAAAAAUAUUGAUUACCUAGCUGUUCUUGCUGGAGAUUUAAUUCUUUCUGCAGCAUCUAUGGCUCUAGCACGAAUUGGAAAUACAACUGUUAUAUCUAUUUUAACACAAGUUAUUGAAGAUCUGGUGCGUGGUGAAUUUCUUCAGCUCGGGUCAAAAGAGAAUGAGAAUGAAAGAUUUGCACACUACCUUGAAAAGACCUUCAAGAAGACUGCAAGUCUGAUAGCCAACAGUUGUAAAGCAGUCUCUGUCCUAGGAUGCCCUGACCCAGUGGUACAUGAGAUCGCCUAUCAAUAUGGAAAAAAUGUGGGAAUAGCUUUUCAGCUAAUAGAUGACGUAUUGGACUUCACCUCAUGCUCUGACCAGAUGGGCAAACCAACAUCAGCUGAUCUGAAGCUUGGGUUAGCCACUGGCCCUGUCUUAUUCGCUUGUCAGCAGUUCCCAGAAAUGAAUGCUAUGAUAAUGAGACGGUUCAGUUUGCCAGGAGAUGUGGACAGAGCUCGACAGUACGUAUUACAGAGUGAUGGUGUGCAACAAACAACCUACCUCGCCCAGCGGUACUGCCACGAAGCAAUAAGAGAGAUCAGUAAACUUCGACCAUCCCCAGAAAGAGAUGCUCUCAUACAACUCUCGGAAACUGUACUCACAAGAGAUAAAUGACAAAUCUUUCUGUUAUUUCUGGCAGCUAUUUUACCAGACUGUGCCUAAAGAAUUUUGUGGAAUAUACUUUGCUUCAUGUGCGGAUAACCAAAAAUCAUUUUAAAAAAUCAUUUCAACCUUAACGAUGGGCAAUUUUUUUUAUUGGCAGUUUUUCAGAAAAUUUUUAAAAUGUAAUUAAACCAUCUGAAUCUGUCAUUCUGGUCCUGUAAAUUCUAAUCGAGGUAUCUUGAUGGUUAUAUGUGGUAUUGUUUACACUGUUAAUAUUCACAUGUAAAGCCAUUACACAAAUAAAUAAUCAAUGUUAAAAUUCAAACGGUUUAUCUAUUUCACCAUAGGAGUAAUGGUCAGAGAACUAUGAGGUCUACAUUUCAAUCCGCAUUAGAUUUUACAGUAUCCAAAAUUUCAUAUAGGAGAAUGGUUUAUUAUAAAAGACUGUACAUAAAAUUUAGACAAGUUAUAUACAAAAUUAAGAGAUCAUUCCACUCGAAAAAAUGAAGAAGGUAGGUAGCUGAUCACUAGUGAUACUGAAAUCAUGUUUAAAAUUAACAAAGGCAAAAUGCAUAUGCAACAGUCACAAUGAUUUGGUAGCAAUGGUCUUUAAUUCGCAAAAAUAAAUGUUUUGCACUAGCCUUACCAUUUACUAUGUUGUUGUAAGUCUGUAAUGCUCAGUACGUAACUGUGAUUAGAAAUCCAAACAAUUCCUCAAUACACAGAAACCCACACACACUUGAGUGCUCUACUUUAACAUCCUGGGAAACACAGAAUUAUACACAAAAGAAAACAUCCCUCUAAACCUCCCUUAAAUUAAGAGGAGACACAAAGUGCAUGUGUUGCAUUUCAAUUAUGUGAAAAGACAAUAUAAAUCUGUUGCCCAGGUAUAUCCUUGUUUGCUGAUUAAUAUGUGAUCCACCUUUUCCCCCCAAUCAUUUUAAAAAUCUUUUUAUGUUGCUAGUGCCAGGUAAUAGAAUAAAUGCUGCCUAUUCAGAAAUCAAUCGCAUCCACUUCUACAAAACAGUAUGUAAAAGAUACGUAUAAUUUCCUUUCAUUGAACCAAUAAUGCUACAGUCCACUGGAAAACUGGAAGACUAAUAACAGCAACACUUAAGAAUUUUACCCACAGAAUGUGUAUACUUUUACACAUUUUCUUAGCUUUGAAAAAAGUUACUUUAGAAAAGCAAUUAAGUAGAUUGAAUUGUAAAUAACCACAGAUUUUAAAUCUGCAAAAAUCACUCACAUUGAUGUUGGAACAAGUUGAAAUAAGGCUAAAUUUUUUUCCAAGUUAAUAUACUGAGAAAAUAGAACCAUAAUUCUGCAAUAAAUCAGUAUCUUUUAUUUAUUUUUUAAAGCAAACCAGUGAAGGAAAGGACAAAAGCCUUUGGUUCACUUAUAUAUUUAUGAAUGGAAAAAAUUUAUAAUGCAAAUUCACUCAUUAAAAAACUUAGGUACAAAUUACAACAUUACAGAUAACCUUUUUUUUUGUUUGUUUUGUUUCACAUGGAAAGCUUAGAGACUCGAUUCAUUUCAAGAGGCCUAAGUACGAGUACUCCAAGUAAAUAUUACACAAAUUGGAAGCAUCUUGGAUUUUUUAAAGUAUAUGUCAAUACAUAAAUUUGUAUGCAUGCUUUAAACAAAGUUAUAUUUCAAGAAUGAGAGAGUCUAAACAAAAA